AUGAGCCCCUUGCUCUCCUCAUCCGUGCGCGGGGGGGCACCGCCCACCCCACGCCGCGGCGGCUCGGGGGCCUCCUUCCCCUUGUCGACGGGCACUCCAUCCCCAACAUCCACCUCUCGGACUGUGCAGGCACCAUCGGAGGAAUCCUCGCCCCAAGCACCCACUCCCAAGGCAGCGGCCCACCUCUCACUGGAGGGCACUCCGCCCCCAGCGCCCACACACCUCUCGUCGGUGACCAACACGCCGCCGGUGAACGCCUCCCCCUCGUCGACACACUCCUCAACGCCCACCGCUCUUCCUAUCCCCAUCCCCCUCCCGGUACCAAAGGUUGAAGGACGCUCCCCACCGCUUUCCCCAACGGCGCGUCCGUUCUUCCCGGGGGAGUCCUCUGUUGGCCACCCCAAGGUGGUGCGCUGGCAGGACUUCAGCGACGACGAGGAAUGCAUCGACUACGAGCUCUUGGCCUCGGCCUCGCCGUCCCCGCGGACCGCCAGCUACCGCGACGUGCUCUACCGCCCUGCCCCUUCCUCGUUGGUGGUGGCAACCAACCCAUCUGCAGGGCCACCUGCUGGGUAG